AUGACUAAUAGUGCCGAUAAGAACGAGAUAAUUGUCGAGAUAAACACACUACUAGCCACUUUGGAUGAUGUUGAUGUUUCUAUGCUCAUAGAUGACCUUUGUACCCUUAAAUCUUACAAAAUAUCAGAUGAUUUAAAAGAAAUACUCGAUUUUUAUUCAGACAAAACAAAAACUCCUCUUCAAAGUCAGAUUGCUGAUCUGCGUACUGCAUCUACUUCGUUAAAUAUUGAAAAACAAAUGCAAGAAGUUUUUCAAUCUUUAGAAAUACUUAAUAGUUUAACAAGCACAUUAUCAGAAGAAUCAUCAUCCAUUUUAGUAUCUUUUAUUGACAAAUUGAAAGACUUACUCUCAGAUCCAAAUAAUGUCAAGCAAUUUUUGGAAACAGAAGACAAAAUGUCAAAAGAAAUCGAGAAGAUACGAAAGAAAAAGAAGAAAGAAAGCAUGUGGGAUGUAUUCUACAAUCAAUAUCUUGAUACAAAGAAAAUUGUUAAUCAAUUACGCAUAAUAUCUAAUGUCAAGACUAAGAUCUUGCUCAUAUACAACCUGUGCUCCAAGUCAAGCGGCGUUUCUGAAAAGCCGACAGUUCCAAAGAAAGAAAUAACAAUUUCUUGGGUGACAAACAAAGAUUCCAAACUUGAAUUCCCACAAAACAACAUUAUACGAAACAAAAUACUAAGGAAUUUAUCAAAUACUAACAAUCAUUUGCAGCCAUACGUAGAAUUAGAGUUUGUUAUGGGAGAAAACAGGAGAUUGAGAAAUAUCUUAGCUCGUCCUGACUUAGAAGUAGAUCCUCAAGAAGCUCUUGACGCAAGACAAGAAAAUGAAAAAUUAAAACAGAGAAUUGCUCAUCUUCAAAGCCAACUACAAGAUUCUAAGUAA